GCUUCUCUCUCUCUCUCUCUCUCUCUCUCUCUCUCUCAUUCGUUCUGAACAGAACGAGAGCGCAAUCUGUGCAGCACGUGUGCGCGCGCGCGCGCUCGGCUUCUCUACCACAGUGAUAUUUCGAUAGUGAGUGUGUAUACGUGCGUUUUUCCAGUGAACAUACCUGCGGAGAAAGUAAGAGCCGCCGCUGCAUCUUUCGGCCCGAACGACACGUGAAAGGGAAGAAUCGUCGUGUAUAGAUGAAGGCGUCAGCGAUGCCGAAAGAGCGCCGUGACCUUUUACGGCGUCACUUCCUGGCAGCAACGUCUCCGGUCUGAGCGCGAGCGCCACGAGGAGGACGUACGAUGUAUAGCAAUAAAAGGCCAGAGCUGCCGGCGAGCCCAAGGGACUCCAGGAGGGACUCGAGAAAUUCGCGAGCCGCUGCGACGAUGUCCAAGUACGAUCGGCUCAGCCCUCAUCCCCGAAGAAGACUGACCAACGCGGCGAGAAUCGAGCAACUCUAUCACCAUUUUCAAGCCCACUCGAGCAGCGACGAGUGUCUCACGAGGAAUAAAUCGAAAAGCACGAGCUCGAUCGAUACUCAGUCGGUCAACAAUAUUCUUGAUGAAUUUGAAGAUUUGGACUAUCGCAGAUCGUCGGAUCUCAGCGACAUUGAGGUCGCUAAUGCAGAGGUGACGAAUUUCGAGGAGAUGAUGAAUUUCCAAAAGCGACAAGCCUCCGAGAAGCAGAAUUCGCGCAUGUUUCGCUCGUUGAACAAAGUUCCGCCACGGGAGCAGCACAGCAGCGGCUUUGGGUCGCCAACGAAAAUUAGCCGACAGACGCAAGUUCGACAGCGCUCACGAGAUCGACUGCGCGAUAAUGCCAAACGACUACUAUCGCCGCCGGACGAAACUCCGACGCGACACGAGCGAAAAAAUUCAGCGCCCACUUUUCAGAGUUCCGAAGUUCGCGCGAGCGUUCGCUCGGCAAAGACGCAGCCUGAAAUACUGCUGAGGAAGGGCGAAGUUCAGAAGAGAGUCGACGAGUGGCUGAGCCAGACGCGAAAUCAAAAUUGCGCUGGAUUUACUACCAAGGAAAGUCGAGGAUUGACUCGAUCGAACAGCAGUGCCGAGCAAAAGAAUUAUCGACGACUGAGGCAGCAGGAGCUGCGAUCGAGAAGGUACCAGUUGAAUGUCUCGUCGAGCUACGACGACUUGACGCACGACGAACUCCGGACGGAUCGCAACAGGGACAAUAAAAUUAGUGUUGGCGUGAAUACUAACCGAGGAACUUACAAGCAGUACCUGGCGCUCAAGAGCAAGGCAAAGCUGCAGAAGCAGCAAGAGAACGGUAAUCGGGAAGAGGGCAGAAACCGAAUGGCUCUCCGAUCGCGAGAAGCUAGUCCGGCAGCGAGGAUGCAAGAGGACGCGCGCAACGACGCGAUGAACUCGAGCUUUCGAUCGUCGUCGUCGUCGAGACGAGACGAGCCGAGCGAGCACGAGCAGCGCCAAACAGCUCAGUGCUCGCAGCUCAACGAAACGGUGUCGGCGACGAGCGUGCGCGCUAGCAGAACGGCACGCGCCAGGCACCAGAUGGAAAAUCGCAUUUCCAGCUUGGUCAAGGCCAGAAACGAAAUGACCAGCGGCUCUCUGGAGAAUCCGCCCGCGAGUAUCGUAGCGGCACCAGCGUCGGCGGUCAUCAGGCGCUCGUCGUUCAAGCGCGAAAGCGUUCGAAGCUCUUCGAAAUCCAAUGGACCCAGCGGCAAAGACGAGGAGGAACGUAUCGCAGCUCGGUCCGGCCAGGAGCAAAAGAUCAACGCGUCCGCGGAUCAAAGUAGUGGAAACAAAACUGGGGAAUCGAAUCAUCCCAGCGGCUCUGGCUCGGAUCUGUCCCAAGAGGUUUACGGCUCGGUGAGCGCGCGCAUCCGUGCGUUCCAGGACAAAAGCGACAGCCGCGUGCCCAAGUCGAGGAGCUUGCAGGGCUCCAACAUUCUCAUCGAGACGAGAAACCGAUCUCCGAUGUCGCCGAGCAGGACUGAUUGUUUCCAGUACAAAGACUGCGAUCGGAUUCAGUCCACUUUCAAGCCUAAUGUCGCCGCGCACAAUCUACCGAACCAGGAACAGCAGCCCGCCAAGCGAGAGGUCGAUGUGGCGACGAGGUACGUUGAAAAGAUUUACGAGACCACCUUACAGCCCGAGGUCAUUCAUGCGGACAAUUUGGAGGCGGUAUUCAAACCGGGACGCACGAAUUUCGUUUACGGCGAGAGAACUUCCAAAGAUAUGUCUCUCGCGACGACGAGUUUGCCAAAAGACGAGGGCAGCUCGAAGAAGAAAAAUUUCAAUGACAACGGCAACGACAACGACGGCAAGCAAUCGGAGUCGAGAUUCGACCAUUGCUUGAAACUCCUGCAGCGCUCGCCGAGCUUCCGACUGAAGAGGUCGCACCCCGUGCAAAAGGAUCGUGAGAAUUACGCGAAGCUAACGCAAUGCGAAAACCUCAUGACGAAUAGUGAGUUGAGGCCAUCGAACAGCUUCAAAACCUUUCAAAGCAGUAACGCUGCCAGUGCACCACCACAACAAACCAACAGCGCAUUAGACAAUCGCGCCAGCGAAAACAAGGUAACGGCUCAGAUAACCUCGCGUGAAAAUCUCAACCGCGGCUCUUACGAAGCGAGGAGCACCUUGAAAUUGAACGCUCUUAAGACGCUGAAUGCUGACGUAAUCGAAAACGAGAGGAAUAAUAGGCAGAAUGGCAUUCGAUCGGCCGAGAGUACUCUAGUCAAUCGUCACAACAUCAUCAACUCGAGUGAUCUGUUAAAGAGUGGAAGCACAUCGUCGUCGCUGCACAGUAUGCCAGAGCACAAAGCCGAGAAUGGUGCAGUGGUGAAUGAAGUUCUGGUCAAAAAUCUGCAAUUCAAGCAGGACCUGCCGUCCUCGACGACGCCACCGCCUCCGCCACCACGCACCUGUCUUGAAUCUUCAAGGAGACAAGAACCCGGCGCCCUGCUUGUCGAGCUGACACCUCUGCGCAAUCGACCGCUCAAUUACAACAGCGUGCUUAACGAUGACUACGAGAAAUUACACUCUCGCGAUCAUCAACGCGAGAAUAGCAAAAUUUACGUGACCAAAGAGGAGAUGGCACGCAAGAAAAUGAUGGAUUUGCUGAGGGACGGAGAGUUUGACUUGGUUAAAACGGAACUCGAGCGUAGUUACACGCUAUCGACACCGGGAGCUGGCAGUCCACCGUGCAGUCCACCUCCAGCGCCGGCCGCUUACAUAUCCAGCGCCAGGGCGUCCUCGCGCAGACUCGCCGCUGCCGCGAGUCUUGGCUUCGGCGGUGCCACCAAUUCGCCCGAGCGCGACCCCCUGGGCAAGCUCAUCAGGUAUCUGAAGAGCUUCUACCGGGAGCUGGGCACGAGGGACCUAGCACAUCUACCGCAAUGGGCUUCGCCGCUGCCUCCGGGCACUCUGUGCCCCGCGCACUUCCAGCCUCACUUACAGAUCGUGCACAAGAGCGAGCAGGAGCAUCGCCUCGAGAAUAUCAAGAUGGACCAGAUUUUCGCCCCGCUAAGCGACGGUUCGAUUUCGGAGGCGCCCCGACGUGUCUCCGUGGAAGGUGGCCCAGGCAGCGGACGAACGACGCUCUGCUUACGACUGCUCUACCAAUGGGCUACGCAGAGCGACGGUCCAGCUCUGGUGUUCUUCGUACCGUUGCGCGAGCUGCGCGGAGGCCCGCUGCUGAACUAUUUGACUCGCGAGCUCUUUCCGCGCCAGUGCACCGAAGCCAUUCAGCAGGUGUGGCGAACGAUGCAGCUGCUGGAAGAACGCGCGCUUUUCGUUCUCGAUGGCUACGACGAAUGCUCGACCAGUAGUCGCGCCUCUCUCGGGGACGCCAUCGAUUUGCUCGAGGGCAGACUCUUUCCCGAGGCGAGAGUGCUGGUCACCUGCUCGGCGAGCGAUGCCGCGAGCAUUGGCUCGUUAGUCGUGCACAGAAGGUUACACUUGGCCGGUCUCGAGUGGCCUCACGUCGAGAGACUCUGCGUCGCCUAUUUCAUUCAUAAUGAUAUGGCAGAGAAGGCCUGCGAGUUCCUCGAGGUGCUUAACGUGCAGCCCCUUAACGUCAGGCAACUCGCUCAGCAUCCGCUUGGCUGGAUCAUGCUCUGCGUGCUUUAUCAAGACUGCGGAAACCUGCCGGGUGAGCUGAGUAGCUUGGUGCAGGCGGCGGUGAAAUGCAUCGUGAAGCGAAGCUUGGAGCCAGCGGUGCCGAGCGACGAAGAGAUUCCCGCGCACUGUCGCAAACGUCUCGAGGAUUUCGGUAAACUUGCGCUCGCGGCUCUGCGAGAUGGGCGCACCUACUACGCCGAGAGCGAGCUUAGACAGCGUGGCGGCGGCUUCGAAAUCACAAAGCUUGGUUUCCUCAACAAAGGAAUAGCAUUCAGUCAGCGUCGCAAAUGCGAAUUGUACACGCCGAUCCACCUGGUGGUGGCGGAAUUCCUGGCUGCGUAUUACCUAACGUCAGUGGCGCAGUACGCCAACAUCCUACGUCGUGAGCUCGAGGGCCUACCAUCGGGCAUAAUCGGCUACCUGGCGGGACUGCUCGGACCUAAGACGCACCUAGUGCUCAAUCAGCUGUGUCCCCUGGAAGUGCCAGCGCGGGCGAUGUUCUCACUGCUGAAAGCUGCCGGUGCGUCGGACGGCAACGUGGCAGCGAUUUGUCGGCUCGUUGGCGCGGGUCCAGGCUUCGGGCCUGCACCCAACGAACGACCGCCGGCACCGCUGGUUCACACUUCGCCGUUGGAACUGGAGGGCUGGGCGCGAAUACUAGAAUCGUCGGCUUGCAGCCUCGAGGCUCUCGAGGUCGUGUUUCAAGUCGAACGGGGUUCCGAUCCGCACCACCUCGACGAGUUCUUCGAGGCCCUGACUGCCAACGAGAGCGUCAAGCUCGUUAGGAUCACGUCGCUACUGGGUCAGGAAUUCCCUGCGGACGAAGUGCUUAGGCUUGCCGAGCACGUCAGAAAUAUCCUUGGCAAGAAGAGGCUACACGAGUUCGAGCUUGUUAUCACGUGUCUCGAAGAAUCUGCACACGAUAGAUUGGAGUGUGUGGUGAGUGCAUUGUGUCGCGGUCUGAGCCAGGCAUCAGCGCAAUUGUCGCGGCUGGUCCUCGACAUGAAUUUGUCGGGUGAGCAGGUGUCACGAGUAUGCGGGGCACUACGUCAUUGUCCUCAGGUCCAAGCGCUACAUUUGCCGCACCUUGGCUGCGGCUGCGAAGGUCUUGCGUCCGUUGCCAACCUUCUCAAAGAACGGCCGCUUCUUGCUCUCAACCUCGCUGGCAGCUGGGGAGCCAAGAACGAGGACCCUUCAAGCUCGGGCAUCAGUAUGGGAUCUGGAUCAGGAUCAGGAAGCAGUGGCUGUGCAUCCAGUACCCUGGGCAGUUUACCAACGAGUAGUCGCUGUUACUCGUCUUUGCCUCGCGGUGCCUUGGCAGCAUACGGUGGUUCGAAUCGGCCAGCCACCCUGCCGCGACUACCACUAAGUUUGGGUACACCGAGCAGCGGCAACAGCAGCAACAAUGGCACCCUACCAAGCAGUAGUAGCAGCAACAAUGGCGAACGCGAUGCCAGUAGCAAACGCAACAGUGACAGUGUACUUUGCCAUCGAUUGCCUACGUUACACCCUCCACCGGCUUGUGACAUCGUUAGUCAUCAUAGUAGCGGAUUUCACGAGAUCUUUAGUGCUAUUAGAGAACCAAACUGCAAGCUGCGCUCGCUGAACGUAAGCAAGUGUCUGCUGGGCGGCUUGGACGCCGCUUGCCUUGCCGAGACGAUAAGACGCGCACGUAACCUCGACGCAGUUCGAGCGGCCGGAGCUUCAAGACCUGCCGACGUCAUACCUUUGGUGGUCGCCCUCGCCGAAGCCCCCUGUUUGCAGCUACUCGAUCUCGCUAGUCCACGUCUCGCCCUCGACGAUCAUCCCUGUAGAUUAUUGUGCCACGCUCUUGCCAGAAAUUCCACGCUCAGGCUGCUCAGCCUCGAAGGCUGGACCUUCAGGAUCGAGGAGUCGGAGACGCUGUCGGUGUUCUCGGAGCUGUUGCGCUGCACGAACGUGCGCGAGCUGAGCCUAUGCAACGCCCGCCUGCACCUGGCCGUCCACGAAGGACCGGUAUCACGGCUGGGUCGACGCGACGACGCCGGAGCCGAGUUGCUGAGGGCCGCGGCGCCGCCCGCAUGUCCCGACGUCGUUUUCCUACGACUGGCUGGCUUUCAGGUGACGGUGAACGACAGACUAGCACUGCGCGGUCCACUAUUGCUGCCGUUCCUCGCGGGAUUCACAGGCCUAAGCGAGCUCGACCUGUCGCUGGACAAAUCGACGAUCGGGUGCAGCAACGCCAACAGCAGCUCUCAGCUGUUCAUCGACGACCGCAUGCUCGUGCAAUUUUUCGGCUGCCUAUCCACGCACUUCCGCGGUCUACAAUCGCUGCGCAUCAAUUUCUGGCGCAUCACUCUGGAGGACAGCGAGCGCACGCUGCGCCAAGUGGGCAAGCAUUUGCGCAACUCGAGCUGCCUGAGCUUCGUGAAAGCGUCGGGCUUGUUCGUCGCCGACGCAGUGAAGAAAGCGCGGGUCGAGCACGGGCUGAUUCAAGCCUUCCUCGCCAAUCUCGGCUGCCUGCAGUGGCUGUGCUUGGACGGCGUGGAGCUGGCGGAGAUGCAAGCCGCGAGCGUCGGCAAGUGCUUGCGCGAAAGGUUCGCCGGCACUCAUCUGGAGGUCAGCGCCAAGGACGUGCAUAUGCGCGCGCUCAAGGCACUGGUGUCUAGCGUCGAGGAGGGCGGACGCGCCGAAGUCCUCUAUGCAGGAGGGGCCAGUUGUCGGCUGAAGAUCACCAAGUUGCAAAAGAACGCCAAGAGUCGCAAAAAAUGAGACGGCGCCACUCAUAAUUGUUGCCGAUUUUCAUUGUAGCGCUAAUCUCUGGACGGAGAUUGCCAAGCUUUCUGUGAUCGAUCGGACUGCCCUCCGAGUUUUAUCACGAGCUGCAGGAGUGUGGACUCCCUCACGCAGAGAGACCGCAAGUUUUCGCACUGAAUUACGAUCAUGCACGAAUUUAUUAUACUCGACGAAUAUCUGAGAGGAAGCUACGCUAAAUCGUUAUUCGAAUGCCUCUCCGUGCUUAUAUUUUUCAUCAAAAAUGAAUUUGCAAUUACGUAUCAUCAGCCAACAUAAUCCUUGUUAUUUAUUAACGUGGCGUACUCGCCUAUGAUAAUAGCAUUUUUUUUAUCACGAAAAUAUUCUUUUUCUAUUGAACGGAUGGUUAAUCACGAUUUUAUUGAUGCAAAUGAUAAUAAUGCACGCAUAAUGAAUUGUAAGUUUAUCGUUUUUAAUUUUGUACAAAAGUGUUAUGAUAAUGUAAAAAGAAGAAUUAAAUUAAAAAUAGCUUGAGCAAGAUGGGAAUCAUACAAGUAUAUUGUAAAAAUGAUUAUCUCAAAUUUAAGCUACUUUUCUCAAUGUCAGAAGUUAAUUUGAAAAAAAAAAUGUUUAAAACAUCUGCACGUAAAGACGCAAAACGUGGCUUCCAAAUUGUUUCUAAUUUAUAGAUGAUUCGUUUCUAAAAUCAAUUACGAAAAUUUUGCUGACAUUCACUUUGGAAAAAUUGUAUUUGCUAGUUUUCAUUUACGUUUUUCAUUAACAGUCUUACUCAACAAAACAAUGAGUUUUUAACGUAUAUAACUCCCUUGUUUAUAACUUUAAUCAAUAAUGCUGAAAUAUAACAGAAAAAAAUCUAUUGCACAUUAAAUUCGAAUAAAAUAGUUUUCCUGUUGUUAAAUUGCUUGUAAAAUGCGACCUUCAGAGUAAUUUAUUAAUAAAACGAAGCUAUAAGAUUGAUUCUGAAUAAGUUAUUAAAAAAAAUAAUAAUAAUCAAUUAAUCAGUAUGUUUGCAUUAGUAAUAUUGAAGAAUCGUAAAAAGUUGCUAAUUGCUAAAAGAAUUGUUGAAACAUUGAAAAAUUUUAUAAGUAAAGAAUAAAUGAUGUAAUAUGUAAUAUGUAUGGAAGUGUAAACGAAACUUAAAGAUAUUGAAUUUAAUAAAGGAUUGAUAACAUAAUUAAAUUUAUAAAAUGACUGCCAAAUAACAUCGCAAUGCUCACUUACGAAAAGAUGAAACCGAUUUACUGUUAUUAGGGGUUUAGAAAAGAAAGAAAUAUUCAUAAGGGUAUUAACUGUUGAUAGAUCGUAAGAACGCUACGGCGUAAAUUUUCCCUUUCGCUAAGAACGAUGAUAUUGUUACACGAGGAAAUCCACUUAUUACAAAAACAAAGUAAAUAAUAUGCAAAACAAAGUUUUAUAAUAGCGACUGAAAAGCUUUUAUAGAUAAGAAAUAUCGUCAUUAUCACCAAGAUCCAUUUUUAUGAGCAACCUACUUACGGAGCACUUUUUAUUUUUAAAGAUAAUAAAAAGUUUACUGAUAGUAUGUUCUUUUCUACGACAAGCUACAAUAUGUAUUAUUUUUACACUUUUUGUCAUAUAUUUCAGAACACAAAUGUGGUGUCAUUUUUCUGCGUAAAAACACGAAUAAAGUAAUAAAAUAUAAUAUAAUAUAGUAAAUCUUGGUAAACAUUUCUAGAACAUUGGAUUUUUCACUUUCUAUUCAUAGCCUUUUUUACUUUGCAUUACGGCUUUUUGUAUAAAAAAAUAAUACGAUUUCUAAUUCAUAUACCUCUAUUGGAUGUUAUGCCAGAAACAAUAUGAUACUCAAUUUUCUACCUUGUUAUAAAUGCGAAGUGUUUUUACUAAGUUUUUAACUUUUUAAAAUUUAUAAUUAUACAAUUUCGUCUGACUCCUCAGGCGUAGUAAUACAGAAUGUUUGGCGAAUGAAACGAGAUCAUUGUAAAGACAAUUAUUUAGAGACCAAAGCUGAAACAUGCAAGAGACUAAUCAAAUAAAUAAAAAUAAUUAAAACAUUAUUCGAGAUCCUCUUGUGAACGAAUACUUAGCUCAAGCAAUUUUAUU